AUGACCGCCAUGACCCAGUUACCAGAGCUUCUAAAAACAGCAAACUUGGAACUUUUUUGGCUUACACUGCUGGUCGCCGCCGGAAGUGCUCAGCGUCUGGCACCCUACUUAUACAGAUGGCGCAGCAUGCGUACCUCACCGGCAACAAGGGAUCUUAGCAGGAACCUCAAUGAUCGUUUUGUAAGCAGACAACCGUCUUCACGGAACAAGCAGAAUACAUUAAGACUGCAUUCCGCUGCUUCAAACUUAUACAAUCAAAGGUUAGCGUCAAGAUUAAGCAGGCAGCGAUUGGCUCAGUCACUUGCCAAUCGCAGAUUGAAUGCAAAUCUAGCCAAUCAGAGACUUGCUUUUGUGGAUCCUAUCCGCGGCAACCGUCAUUCCGUUAAUUAUCGGCCUCUCACGAGAUCAGAGCAGAUAAGCAAGUACUACACAGGCAAAACCCGAAGUCUGACGGGACUAAAAAUGUUCCCAGUAAGGGCUUCAAAGGGAUUCGAAGACGACGGUAUUCUUAAGAAUUCAGCAUCCGCUGAGAAAGAAAAUACUUAUGCCAAUGAUGAUAAUUUCUUCUUGUCGCUACAGAAAACUCGACAGCGAUUGGCUGGUGGAUUUUCCGACAACAGCAAAUAUAGCAUAAAUGUCAUUCCGCGGCAAAAUACUGCUGUACGGAUUGUACCGAAGACAUCUCUCUGGGACAGACUCAUUACUUACUUACUGAACGACUGGGAAAGUCAGUAA